AUGGCCCCUUCCAAACAAUCAGACGCCCUUGCAACCUUAAAGACUACCAUACUGAACCUCAAGACCCUCCUUCACCGCUUCCAUACCGCUCUCCAAUCUCCAACGCCUGUCCACCCACCCAUCGAAGACUCUCCGAAUCCUCUCGCGCUCCUCUCCGAUGCUUCUCAGAUCCUCAAAGCGCAAACUACGAAGCUUUCUCUCCUAAUCCUCAACAAGCCGUUCACGGCGUCCGCCAUAGUUUUCAUCUUGAACUCUCUGUCCAACAGCUGCCUCCCAGCGAUGAUGAGCGCACUCGAGCUCUGCCCUGCAGAAAAAUACACCAACCUUCUACACCAGUAUAUACAAACUUCACUGUCGAGGAUGAUGAUGGAAUUGCAGAGUCUGCUAGCAUUGAUACCGCAGGAUGAGCACGGCAUCGAAAAGACUGGGAGUAGAGAUAUUUUGGCUUCUACUGGCGUGCUAUGGGCAGAAUGCGACAAGGUGGUUGCCCUUGGCUCGGGUGGCCUUACGAGGCUUGCAGCGGAGAGGAUUGAAGAGUUUCAUGGCUUGUUAAAGGACGCCAUCGCGGAGCUGGAGGAGUGGGAUCCAGACGAGGAGUCUGAAUCAGAUACAGACUCCCUGACCUCCAACAAGGGGACCACAUCAUCCGCUUGGCCGGUCGAUGCUUCUCUCGAGAAAUCGCUCCAAGGCCUCACUCUUUCACCCGUUGCUGCCCUCCGGAAACGCACCCUCGUUAUCCUCCGCAUAAUCCGUUUGCUUUACCCUGCGCUGAUCAAACGCCGGAUUUUGACAUUUUCCAAUAUUAACAACUCUACCACGUCGGAGAGCCUUCCCACAUCAUCGCAUAUACAAAGUCUAGAUGCACUACUCGACCACACCAAGCAAUUUACGGAGGAAACGGACGAGAUCGCUGGAGCUCUGUACGCUGGUGAUGAGGAGGAAGUGGAGGAUCGGUUGGGGAACCUUGCGGAAAUCUCGAAGAUUUGUGUGGAAGAAGUACGGAUUGGCUGGGGUGGGAACGAGGACGAAUUUACUGCGUGGGCGGAGAAGUGGAAGGCACGGUUAGAGGAGGUAAGAAGGGGAUGA